AACGAGGUGCGCAAGCGCAUCAGUGUUGGGUGCGCGGUACAUCAGAGUCAGUAGCCAUGGGGUCGCGGGCGCAUGCGGUCGUGCUUCUAUUGCUGGCAGUGGUAGCGGUGCCGAGCAUCGCCCUCAUCAAGGAACUAGAGCCCGGACAAGUUUGGCCCGAACGUGGAUCAGUGAAACAACCAUCAGAUUUAAUUCAAAAUGUAACUGAUACUACUGAAGACGCAGUUCCUGCGGAAUCAGAGUUAGAAGACGCGCCGCCUGAAGAAGUUUUAAUUACUAAAGCGGCGGAUCUCACCAAAAAUGAUGUACAGAAAGUGGAUUAUAGCGGCGCUCAGGUUUGGAAAGUUCCGACGGAUAAAACCGGCGUCAAGAAUAUAAUUUCCCGUUUACGACGCAGAAACCUUCUUUCAACGUGGGGAGGCAAUCAAACAUAUAUCGACGUUCUCGUGAAAUCCAACGCUAUCACAAACGUGACGCGUAUUAUGAAACGAGAGAAUAUUACCUACCAUGUCGUCAUCGAUGAUCUUCAGAAGAGGAUCGAUGAAGAGAACCCUCCGCUUGACCAAAACGAGUUGGAACUUCAAGACAGACGAGGACAUCGGAUGACUUGGAAGCAAUAUCACCGACUUGCAGACAUUCACGGCUUCAUGGAUUACUUGGCGAAAACAUACCCGUCUAUAGUCAGUGUACAAUCUAUUGGAAAAUCAUUCGAAGGCAGAGAUCUGAAGAUGCUUCGCAUAUCGAACGGCAAGGCGGGUAACAAGGCCGUUUUCAUUGAUGGUGGAAUACAUGCGCGGGAGUGGAUCAGUCCUGCGACUGUCACAUACUUUAUCAAUCAAUUCGCUGAGAAUUUCGAUGUGGAAUCCGAGGAUAUUAAGAACAUUGAUUGGUAUUUCGUACCAGUAUUGAAUCCGGAUGGUUACGAGUACACCCAUAUGGCAGAUCGACUCUGGCGCAAGAACAGGAAACCCGGUGUGGUGGGACGCGCGUGUUACGGCACCGAUUUAAAUAGAAACUUUGGCUACCGUUGGGGAGGUAAAGGAGCUUCAAACAACCCUUGCAGCGAGAUAUACCGCGGCAGCAGAGCAUUCUCGGAGCCCGAGACUAAAGCGGUAUCUAAUUUUAUCAAGAACAUUGCUUCAAACUUCACAGCGUACCUAACAUACCACAGCUAUGGCCAGUACUUGCUAUACCCAUGGGGAUAUGACAAUGUAGUCCCUCCAGACUACGAACAAUUGAACCUUGUUGGCAACAACAUUGCACAGGCGAUUCAACAGACAGGUGGAUCCCAGUACAGUGUGGGGUCUUCAAGUGGUUUAUUAUACCCAGCAGCAGGUGGUUCAGACGAUUGGGCUAAGGCACAGGGCAUCAAAUACACUUACACUAUUGAACUAAGUGACACUGGCAAAUAUGGUUUCAUCCUACCAACUUCAUACAUUGAACCCGUGGCUCGUGAGAACCUUGCCGGUCUAAGAGUACUAGCCAAUGUAGUACACAAGGGAUAAUAUAGCCUUUACAGGUUUUGCCAGCAUUUUAUUUUAGAUUAAGUGUUUAUCUAUAAGUACAACAGAACUUUUAAUUUAUUAUUUAUAUAGUUUUAAGACAAGUAAUUAAAAUAAAUAAUAAAAAAUUU